AUGAGACUCAAAUUUGCAGAGAACCUCACGGAGGCCACUACCUUAAUUGAGCAAGGUCAUGUGCGCGUUGGACCCACACCAGUGAAAGACCCAGCUAUGCUCGUCACAAGAUCCAUGGAAGACUUCAUUACAUGGGUCGAUUCGAGCAAAAUCAAACGCAAGGUUGCUCAGUUUAACGAUGAAGUUGACGAUUUCGACCUCCUCAAUGCUUAACGGGGUUUCGCAUGUCCUCGUCUCAUUAUUAUUAUUAUUCCGUCAAGUCUUGGAAAGCUGAACUCCAGGAAUGCGAAGGGUGGUGUUGGUACGUACAGGGUGGGCGUGGUGUGCAUGAAGGCACAUUUGUGUGGAGUUAUGCGGUGUUGCUUGUGACUACUCCUUUCGUAUGGGGCAAUCGACGCAUCAAGGAUUAGAUGCUUUUUCAUUAGGUGGAGCGGCCGGUUUGCUUUCCGCUUGUUAGGAACUUGCAAGCGUCAGGUUUUGAGCGCCACUGCCCGCAUUGAGCGAGGGACUUUCAUGUUAGUGCCAUCAGACUGAGAUGAUUUGUGUCGCAACAAAAGCACUCACACACAUUUGUUUCAACAGAAGUUUCACUGAAAUAACAGUGCAACACUUAGACGAAAAAGUUCUGUAUCAGACUAGGAGAUAUGGAUUUAGAAGAAUUGAGUGGCAGAACCGUAUCUCGCCUGGUUCGGUUUCCACUCAACACUUUUCUUCACCUGAGUUGUUCAAGUUUAUGAGACUGUUUUAAACGACAGGUUGCUAUGC